GCACUUUUAUAUAUUUUGGCUUUAAGGUGAAAAACCUCAAGGUCAUAACUGCGAAAAAUAUGUACUAAAUGUAAUGGUAUAGUCAAGCUCUUGUAUUAAUCCUCCAAAAUGAGGUCACGCAGUAAUUCAGGAGUACGACUUGAUUUUUAUCAACGAAUGGUCUACAAAACCAUUUUAAAACACCAGAAUCCGGUGACGGGUCUGCUUCCAGCAACAGCCGAUCCAAAGCAUUCUUUUCACGAUCAUGCGUGGGUUAGAGACAAUGUGUAUUCGAUUCUAGCUGUUUGGGGUUUGGCGUUAGCUUAUAAGAAGAACGCAGAUUUGGACGAGGAUAGAGCUAAAGCUUAUGAAUUAGAGCAAAGCGUUGUAAAAUUAAUGAGAGGCCUCUUGACAUGUAUGAUGAGACAAAUGAAUAAAGUUGAAAAAUUUAAAUAUACACAAUCUCCAAAAGAUGCUCUCCAUGCAAAAUAUAGCGUUACAACUGGGGCUACAGUUGUGAGCGACGAUGGUUGGGGUCAUCUUCAAAUCGAUGCCACUUCCUUCUACUUGUUAAUUUUGGCUCAAAUGACUGCUUCCGGUUUACAAAUUAUAUACACGAUGGAUGAAGUCUCCUUCAUUCAAAAUUUAGUAUUUUAUAUUCAAUCGGCCUAUAGAACUCCUGAUUAUGGUAUUUGGGAAAGGGGAGAUAAGACAAACCACGGUCUACCAGAAUUGAAUACAACCUCCAUAGGUAUGGCGAAGGCUGCUCUAGAAGCUAUGAAUGAACUAGACCUGUUCGGAGCUAGAGGUGGACCCUAUUCCGUCAUACACGUUUUACCAGAUGAAGCCCAGCAAUGUCAAGCUAUUCUUCAAUCAGUUUUACCUCGAGAAUCUAAUUCGAAAGAGGUCGACGCCGCACUUAUGGGAAUAAUUAGCUAUCCUGCUUUCGCGGUUGAUGAUCAAGAUUUAAUACAAUUAACGAAAAAUACUAUUGUUGAUAAAUUAAUGGGCGAAUAUGGAUGUUGUAGAUUCAUUAGAGAUGGAUACAAGACAGCCAGAGAAGAUCCUAACAGAUUACACUACGAACCGUGGGAAUUAAGUAUGUUUGAGAAUAUCGAAUGCGAAUGGCCUUUAUUUAUUGCAUUCUUUGUAUUGGAUGCAAUUUUUAACGAUACUAAGGCUGAUAUUGAAAAAUAUAUGACAAUACUGGAAAGUUUAAUGAUCAAAGGAGAGGAUGGUAUAAAAUUAAUGCCCGAAAUGUACCGAGUGCCAGCACAUAAAGUUGAGGAAGAAUGCUACAAUCCAGGCAGUCAAAUCAGAGAGCCAAUUGGUAAAGUUCCUCAAACUUGGGGACAAUCAUUAUAUAUUUUAUGCAAGUUACUGAUGGAGGGAUUUUUAUCACCUGGUGAAAUUGAUCCUUUAAAUAGGAGAUUAGUAACAGAACAAAAGCCUGAUUUAGUUGUUCAAGUUGUUAUUCUGGCAGAAGAUGAAAAGAUUCAAGAAAAGCUGGCGGAAAACGAUAUUAAGGUUCAAACAUUAGCGGAAGCUUCACCCGUUCAAGUUUAUCCUGCAAAAGUAUUAAGCCAUAUUUUCUCUCAUUUGGGAAAGAAUUCUAAAUUGGGUCUUACUGGAAGACCGACUGAAAUGGCAGGCAUUUUAGCAACUAGUAAACUCUAUACUUUGGGAGAUAAGACUCUAGUGUUUAUGCCUCAGUUUGUAGAUAAGCAAGAAUUUUACUUACCUCUUGAUCUGGAACUACUGCUGGAUAUGCUCAAAACAGACGUUCAACACUUACAAAGAUACUGGAACAAUAUUGGGAGGCCUCUAAUGGUGUUCCCAAUCAAGCAGUCAUUAUUGGAUUUCAAGAAUAAUCUACAUCCUGCCCUCAUAGCUACUAUGAAAAAACUGCAGACAGGUUAUAUAAAUGGAACAAGAGUUCAACUUGGUUUUAUACAAGAUUUUAUGAAUACCUCAUGCGCAACUUGUUUAACUUAUUUAACAGAAGCUGACGAUUCGCCAGAUAUUGAUAAUUUAUUGGAAUAUAUUGGAGCAUUUCAAGUUAGCAGUGCCAAAUCAACGUAUCGCAUACUCGAUUCAAUUUCUCGAAAGUGUUCCCAAGUCAAAAAGCCAAGAGCUAGAAGAAAGAGUACAGUUUCCGGUUUCCUAAAGAAGAGUCUCUCAAUCCAGAUUGCUCCCGAAGACGUUGGAGAGACUCCAUCGUCAGAAAAUGUAUCCCCGACACCACCUUGUAGUCCUCUUACAUUUACGCCACCCGAACGAGAUCUAUUUCAACCUAAAUCUCAUUUAAAAGCUGUUCUUGCUGGAACAACCGCUAUAACUCAUCACAACGAAAGCUUAUAUGAAGGUAUUGAUUGUAUAGAUUUGGUGGAUCAAUUGAGAGAUAGCGAAAGUUUACAUGAGCAAGCUGAUAUUAUUUACUACUUGUAUCUCCAUAAGGGAGUAAAUUGGGAAACGAAUUUAGAAGGUCCUAAUAGAAGUUGUAAAGUUAGAGAUCUAUUAGCGGAAUUAUAUGACCGAGCCGGAGAUUUAAAGCAGUGGUGGCUAGUUAGACACACAGCUGGUAUGCUUAGGAAGAAAGUGGAAAAUUUAGCCUUAUCAGCUACUGAUAUUCUUGUCAGACAAAAACAAUUAGCUGUUGGUCUACCUCCCGAACCGAGGGAAAAAAUUAUAACUCGCCCUCUGCCUCCUGACGAAUUGGCCGAUAUGAUACAUGAGGCUUGUGGUCGAGAUUUGUCCAUUGCCAUGUUAACGCAGGAACUUUUGGUUUAUCUAGCCAUGUUUAUUAGAACAGAACCGAAAUUAUUUCAUGAAAUGUUGAGGUUAAGAAUUGGUUUAAUUAUUCAAGUGAUGGCAUCCGAAUUAGCUAGGACAUUAAAGUGUUCGGGAGACGACGCAUCUGACCAGCUAUUGAAUUUAAGUCCUUACGAAAUGAAAACAUUACUUCAUCAUAUACUUAGCGGCAAAGAAUUUGGCAUAACGUCCGGUAAGCUAUUUUUGGACUUGUCCAUUUUAAUUCGGGUUCUGCAAUGUUUAUUAAGUAACGAUAAUGAGAGAAUCCUGACUUUCUAUUUAUUCAUUUAACAAAGAGGAAAGAAAAAACACACAUCUCUGGUUAAUUCUAUUAGAAUUUUUAACAAAGCGUUUCUUUAUUUGAUAUUUAAUUUGACAAAAGAUUCAAAUUUCAAAGAUUAUUUUUUAGAAAAAAAAUAUUAUUAAAAAAACGGAAAAUAUUAGAAGAAACAGUUAAAUCUUUUCAAUCAUUUCUUUCAUAUAAACUACGUCAGGUUCUAGCGCGGGAUCGAGUUUAAGAAUCGUUCCAGCCGAACCUAGAUCAAAACACAGCACUAUAAGGACAAGAAAGACAAGUUUAUAUAAGGUGUAAAAAUUAUUUCAACUAAUUCCGCACUGUUAAUGAUUCUUUAUUUACUUCUAUUGCUAUUAACAUGUAUUAAACGUAUAGACCAGAAUACUUAUACCCUCGUUGCAAAAUAUCUUGUAAUAACAAGCAGGUCAGGGUACUUGUAAUGAGGCCUAUACUAUUUUAUAAUAAUUCAAAUAGCUUAGCCUAAAAUAAUUAAUUGGUAGAGAUUAAUUCUUAAAAUUGUUGGUUGAUAUCCGAUUUUAAUAUGCGCUUUAAGCUGCUGAAAACGUCUUUAUAUCGGCGGGUGAUAUGAUAAGAGAAGGUAGUCGUACAACGACUAAAGUUCGCAGUAGACGAUCGUCAAUGGUAGCGGUAAGUCUUGGGAUGCUUUAAUGCCUUAGCUUGUCUCAUACUCUUUCUCUUAUGCACUUUUCAAUCUCACAUAGCUACUUUAUGUGCAUUUGUUUUAUUUUCUUUGCUUUCUAGAUUUUCGUCAAAAUAUACUUCUUGAGCACCGGCACGUCAUUCACAAUCUUUCAGAACUGCAAGAGUCGGUAGGGCCUGGAGCUGAUCUUAGCGACUCAGAUAGACAAGGCCAGUGGCUAAGGAGAAGGAGACUAGAUGGUUCGUUAAAUCGUGUACCAGUUGGAUUUUAUGCAGACGUUUGGCUGGUUUUGGAAAAAUGUAAUGGAUUGCAAAUUGAAGAAACAAGUCUACAAAGAUCCCUUACAAAAGAAAUGACAAGAGGAGAAUUGAAAUUCGCGCUCCAAGUUGAAGCAGCAUUGAACAGAGUAACUCAACCCGAGCUUAGACAGUUGGCUGUUGAAACUCUUACAGUUUUAUCUCUCGUGGCAGAGUACGGCGCUGUGAACAGUCGUUGGGAUCAGAUAAUAAAUAUAACUAAUAUCGUUAUGAGAGCUAAUUCAAUUUUUAUAGAUGAACAGCAGCAUAUGGAAGGCGAUGUGUUGCUAUGUUGCGCAAAAUUCAGCCAAAACCCGUUGAAAUGUGGAGGUGUAGCGGGAAUUUGCCAACAUUUUUAUGAUUCGGCGCCUAGUGGAAGAUACGGAACUAUGUCGUAUUUGUGCAAAGCAGUGGCUCGUACGCUACAAAUUGCUGUUGACAGAGAUGGAAAUGCCGACUGCCGUGUACAAUAAACUAAAUACUUUUUUGUGUACUCCUUAAUUCACGACUUAAACCUAUCGCAUAAAAAAAUCAAGCUUUAAAAAAACACAAAAAACAAAAUGUAAAAAAUCACUAAAUAAAUUAAAAUAACCAUUCUUUUCUAAAGUCUUUAAUUAUAUUUUAAUUUAUCUUAUCGUUUGUUUUAACUAUAUUUAAGAUGAAUAUCAAGUAUUUUAACUUUGCAC